AUGGAUCUGGUUCAGAAGGAGCACGACAGGCUUCUGAAGAGGCUGAAGGCCUCACAGGGUAUCAACAAUGUCCAAGCGACCAUCGAUCUGCUCCAGUCCGCCCGGGACACUAUCGCUGCUGACCCAAACCAGGCAGCAGUCACCUUGGCCAAGCUCCAGAAUCCCGUUAAAGCAUCUCUCAACUCAAUUAACGACAGCCUCAAAGAAACCCACAGCGGGCUAAACAAGUACACCAAGUCUCUCGAUAAGCUCUUCAAAGACAGGCCCCUCCCCAGUACCGAGCACGAUGCCCUUUCCGAGCAAGAACAUCUUAUCAACCGCGCCAUCGCGAUGCACCUCCUCCGUGAAGGCCAGUUCUCCGUCGCAGCCACCUUCCUCUCCGAAAUUGCCGAGAAGAAAGCCUUCAUGCAGAACCACCAAUCCUCACCCGCUUCCCCCGAGCAAGCCACCAGCCUCCUAGACCUCGACGAGGUCCCCUCACCCGAGAUUCGCAAGGAGUUCGCCUCUAUGUACUACAUCCUGUCCCAGCUCAAAGAGAAGAAGAACCUUCUCCCGGCCAUCGAAUGGUCUUGUGAGAACCGCGAGGCGCUGGAAGCCCGCGGCAGCAACCUGGAAUUUGAGCUGUGCCGGUUGCAGUUUGUCUGGCUGUACCACGGCGAGUCGGAGCCGGGUCAGAAUGCGCCCGGGAACUGGCGCGCGGCGAUGGCCUAUGCCAAGCGUGAAUUCCACGCCUUUAUCCCGCGCUACCUCCGCGAGGUGCAGCAGUUGAUGGGCGCCAUGGCGUUUUGCCCAAACCUGCAGGACUCGCCGUAUUCCUCCAUUUUCAAUAAUUCGACGGUGUGGGAUGACGUGGCCCAGUUCUUUACCCGCGAGUUCUGCUCGUUACUGGGGUUGUCGGCGGACUCGCCGCUGUAUAUUGCUGCGACAGCCGGUGCGAUCGCUCUACCGACACUACUGAAACUACAAACGAUCAUGAAGGCGAAGCGCACGGAAUGGACGAGUGAGAAUGAGCUACCGGUCGAAAUUUCACUGCCCCCCUCGUACCUUUUCCACUCGAUUUUCGUUUGCCCCGUCUCCAAGGAGCAAGCCACGGAUGCGAAUCCGCCCAUGAUGAUGCCAUGCGGGCAUGUUAUCGCGGAAGAGUCCCUCAAGCGACUCAGCAAGGGCAGCCGGUUCAAGUGUCCCUACUGCCCAAGCGAAAGCCACAUGAAAGACGCCCGGAAGGUGUUCCUGUGA